AUGGUCAUAGAUCCCACAGUCCCAUACCAAGCCUCUCUUUCCACUCGAAUUUUAUUCAAGGACACACAGCAAUUGGCACAUGGAUAUGCUCUGACAGCCUUUGAAGAUGUCUACGAUACCCUCCUGACUCUCCUGAAACAGAUUGUAUACCUUUGCGUUGUCGGGCCACUCAUGCUGGCAGCGGUCUUCGAAUGGCUUCUCUGGCUGUGCGCUUUCAUCUAUUGCCUGGUAAAGGUUUAUGCCAAGGCGGACCAUUGGAGCAUCAAGGUCCUUGCUGUCGUGAUGAUAUUUUUGUUCUCCGCCAUGCGGUUGUCCUUUCUUCCAGUCAUGCUCGUUACCCUCCCACUGCCACCGCAAAUCACCAUGUGGUUGCCCCAUCAAAUGGUCCACGGGUUUCAAGUAUACGCAUUUUGGGCCUUUUCGAUCCUGCUCGUUGGACCAUGGCUUUUCUGCGUGUAUGGCCUGGCUACCAAUUCACUGGGUAGAGCGAAGAAGAUCAAACGCGUUCUUGAUGAUAGGACGGCCCCCAAGACCGUCGUUGUGAUGCCUGUGUAUAAGGAAGAGCCAGCAGUCUUGAUCAAAGCAAUUGACUCGGUCGUUGACUGCGAUUAUCCCGCCAACUGCAUCCAUGUCUUCCUUUCCUAUGAUGGUGGGACUGUGGACGAGCCAUAUCUUCGGGUGCUUCACCAACUUGGCAUCCCGAUCAACCUGGAAAGCUAUCCACAGAGCAUCGACGUUGUCUACAAAGGCGCCCGAAUCACCGUUUCGCGUUUCAAGCAUGGUGGAAAAAGAUGCUGCCAAAAGCACACCUUCAAGUUGAUUGACAAAGUCUAUGCGGAGUAUUUGAGGCGACAUGAUAACCUGUUUGUGCUCUUCAUAGAUUCCGACUGCAUCCUUGAUCGGGUCUGUCUGCAGAACUUCAUGUAUGACAUGGAGCUUAAGCCUGGGAGCAAGCAUAACAUGCUGGCGAUGACUGGAAUCAUCACUUCAACAACCAACAAGAACAACCUUCUUACGGUUCUUCAAGAUAUGGAAUACAUCCAUGGCCAGCUCUUCGAGCGCUCUGUUGAGUCUGCCUGCGGGGCGGUGACUUGCCUUCCUGGCGCUCUCACAAUUCUGCGUUUCUCGGCCUUUCGCAAGAUGGCCAAGUAUUAUUUCUCAGACAAGGCCGAACAGUGUGAUGACCUCUUUGAUUAUGGUAAAUGCCAUCUUGGGGAAGACCGCUGGCUCACUCACCUCUUCAUGAUCGGUGCCAAGGAGCGAUAUCAGAUUCAACUGUGCACGAGCGCCUUUUGCAAAACCGAGGCCGUUCAGGACUUCGGUAGUCUGCUGAAACAGCGUCGACGGUGGUUCCUGGGAUUCAUCACCAACGAAGUUUGUAUGAUCACCGAUGUGCGGCUGUGGGCGCGGUAUCCCCUGCUGUGUCUAGUUCGCUUCAUGCAGAACACAAUCCGAACGACCGCACUGCUGUUCUUUAUCAUGAUCAUUGCACUCCUCACAACAUCCAAGAGGGCAAAUGACCUUCCUGUUGGUUUCAUGGGGGUCUCUCUCGGUUUGAAUUAUCUGCUCAUGUUGUACUUUGGCCUCCGACUCAAGCGCUACAAGGCCUGGCUGUAUCCAAUCAUGUUCCUCGUCAAUCCAUUCUUCAAUUGGAUCUACAUGGUUUAUGGAAUUUUUACAGCUGGCCAGCGAACAUGGGGAGGACCACGGGCCGAUGCUGCAACGGCGGACGAUCAGACAACACCGGCCGAAGCGGCUGAACUGGCGAGGCAACAAGGCGAUGAGCUCAAUGUGGAUGUCGAAACAUUCCGCAGCCACCCCAUAAGACGGAGAUCAGUCCCCAUCCGGCCAUCAGACAAGGUGGAAGGAGAAUUUGCCCCGGCUGAGCAACUCCUUGAUAGCUUCUAUGUCAACACAGCUGGGCCGGGGUCUGCGCUAGCGCGAAUGGUCAAUGCCGUGGAAGACCCUGUGUACCAGCUACCACCUCGCUUUUGCUAUUCAGCAGAAUCAGUGCUCAGUGCAUCAUCGGACUGUGGCUCCAACGUCAUGCAGAUGCCACAAGACGUGGACAAUCUCCUGAUGAGCGAGGAAGACCAAAAGAAACUUUAUUAUGCCCGCCAAGGUCGGGCAUCAACGGGCACAAUCAGCACCCGUGACUUGGAGGACCAUUUUGAUGAUGGAGAUGCAGUUCACUCUCUGGUGUCUGGGUCUGAAGAGUAUGAGCUUGAGGUUCCGGCGCAGGUCUACCAGAUGAGCCGCCUCGAGGAUGUCGCUGGCGGAGAAUUCUCCGACCACAAGUGA